AUGGAUUCUCAACUCUGGGCACAAAACCAACGGGAGACUUUAGAGGAUCAAUACACCCCUGGAAACUUGGAUCCUCCCGCACCCGCGGUCCGGGGGGUCCCGACCCAGACGCCCGCCGGCCGCACCGCCAGGCGAAGAACGCGUCCCCCUCAGCGGACCCCUGAGCCACCGAGUGCUUCAGCUCCUCCGCCCGCCGAGAGAAGGCUUCCUCCCGGGAGCAAGCCCCUCGGCCCCCUGGCGCCCGCGCUCGCACUCACCGGGCGGGAGCCGUUCACCGGAGCGCGCGAGAACCCACCGCGGUCAGAUCGCGGAUCCGGCUCCCACCGCCAAGUCCAGCUCAGCUCUCAGCCCACUGGUCAGCGCCCCUGUGCGUCACACCACGGCGCCGUCCGCUGGCCAAUCAACGAGGGGCUCCGCGGCGGAGGAGCGGAAGCGAGACUCUCCAAAGCGCCAGUGCUGGGCUGCUUCCUAGGUGCAGCCGGGCCGGCAGGCCUCAAGGAUCCGCCCAGAUCCGACACGAUUACCGCCCCCCGUGUGACGUCUGGGGCUCCCGGACUAGAGACUCGGCUGCUGGGCGACGCUGGAUCUUCUGCGCUCACGGCUCUCCCAAGCAAGGCGGUUAUUGUUCCCGGGAACGGAGGCGGGGAUGUGGCCACCCACGGCUGGUACGGCUGGGUGAAGAAGGGGCUGGAGCAGAUACCUGGUUUCCAGUGUUUGGCUAAAAACAUGCCUGACCCAAUUACAGCUCGAGAGAGCCUCUGGCUGCCCUUCAUGGAGACGGAGCUGCACUGUGAUGAGAAGACUGUCAUCAUAGGCCACAGUUCUGGGGCCAUUGCAGCCAUGAGGUAUGCAGAAACACACCGAGUUUAUGCUAUUGUGCUAGUGUCUGCAUACACCUCCGACUUGGGGGAUGAAAAUGAACGGGCCAGUGGAUACUUCAACCGUCCCUGGCAGUGGGAGAGGAUCAAAGCCAACUGCCCUCACAUUGUGCAGUUUGGCUCCACGGAUGAUCCUUUCCUUCCUUGGAAGGAACAACAAGAAGUGGCUGAUAGGCUGGAAGCCAAAUUGUACAAAUUCACUGACCGUGGCCACUUUCAGAACAUGGAGUUUCAUGAACUGAUUAGUGUGAUAAAGUCUAUGCUGAAAGUACCAGCAUAGAGAGGAUGAUUUCUGCUAUUUUGCAUUCCAGUAUAGGGGUAGGGCAAUUACCAGGUUAUUAACAGAUAAAAACAAUCUGUUAUCAGAUUAGAUAAAACAGAUUAUUCUGUGUAUUAUCAGACACAUAAAACAGAUCAAAUUAAGUUCUGAAAAACUUAGCUCAAUGUUCAAAUUAAGUUACAAACAGCAUUUCCAUUUUCCAUAGGAUCUAUUAUCUCACAAACUGCUAUGAACGAAAGCAGUAUUUUUCCUGUUUGAUUUGGGACAUAAGGAUGGCUUAACUACCUUUGUCCAAAGUGAAUAAACAAACGGACUCCAGGUUUCCUGAUUCCCAGUCCAGACUAAAACGGAAUAGUUUCGUGUAUGUUGUAGGAGUGGUACUCUUCUUUGAAAGACAACUUUUGCUAUUUUGAGGGGGAAAGAAAAUGUGAUUAAGGUCUAAGUGUUGGUUUAGAGCUCAAACCAUUAGCUAUUUUGAGCUGGCCCAGGACAUUAAACCCAGACUAGGGCCUCCAUCUUGACGCCCUGCCCCAGUCCUUCAUGUUGAGGGAGAAUGAUCCAUACAGAUCUGAGGCAGGGGUCUACCAGGUCAGACAAGGGACCAUAAGCCCAGCCUGUACAUAUACUUGAGCAUAAGGCCAACCAGAUGGGUGCUGGACCACAGUGGUGGGGAUUAGGGCAACAUGGGGAACUCUUGCCCUGUCUAAAUUGUUGCCAUGUGGGAAGGGGCAGGUGUUGCCAAUUUUCUGACUUUUUGAGGAAAAAACUUCAUGCGGUGGUUUUUAUAUUUAAGGACUAUACAUGUUUGUAUACCCAGUUCAUAUGUAUAGGAGUUAUGUCCAGUACAUGUACAUAUGGAUGAUAUAAGUUGGCAACAACAGUGUAAAUAAAAAAUUCACAAACAGUGCAAGACACAAAAUCCAAACCACCCAUUUGUGACUUCUGCCAUUAGGAUUAACUUAGCCAGGUACUUAAAAGAUUCUCUGUGAAGCCUGAGAAAUGAACAUAAUGUCAGAGGAUACAAUCACAGGAACAAUGUAGAUGUUGUUACAAAAUCUUAAGAAUUUUUAAAAAGUCUUUCCAUAUCUCAGAUUUUGUUCUAUAAAGAGUUCUACCUUUAACUUCCACGGUUCUCUUUUAAGCCUCAUUUUACAAUUUUUCUUCGGAUCAUAUUCCCUCAAAAAAAAAAAAAACCCCACAAAGCUUUAUUUCCCAACAUUUUUUGGCUAUUAUGAUCCCUAAGUAUUGCCUCAAACAAUUUUGCAGUGACUUCAUACUUGAUGUUGCAGAACCUGAUGUUUGCUGCAAAGAUGUGAAUUCCCUGUUUAUGUCUAAAGGAGAUUCAAAGCCAUAAUUUUAACCUGAAAAGUCUUGGUUUCCAAAUAUGCUCAAAGAAAAAAGUUAAAGACUCUCAACUUUUUAAUAGCAAUUAUCUUAGGGAAUGGGAAUUUUAGAUACUGUGUGGUGGGGUUCUAGAUAUGUGUGUUUUUAUUUUGUACACCUGGGUAUUAUUUCAAUUUGUUAUAGUUAACAUGUAUGUAUUACUUUUAUAAUUAAAAAAAUUAAGAGUUGACAUGUUAGUGAAAAGCAAAUUAGAAAAAUCAACUGAAUAAUAAUUUUCUUAAAGAGGUGGUUUAGCAGUGAUUUGACCAAGCCUGUAGCCAAAGUUUGAUUCUAUUUGAAUUAUUUGGAAUUAGCCAUUGCUGUACUUAAUCUUGGCCUUGUUUUCCUAAUUCCUUUCUCAAAAAAUUACAAAGUUAUACAAGUAA